GCUUCGUAGGACGCAGCUGACAUUGCUACCCAGAUGGCCUCCAGGCUGACCCCACUGACCCUCCUGCUGCUGCUGCUGCUGGCUAGGGAUGGAGCCGUCUCCGAUUCAGAAGUUACCAGCCACAGCAUGCAGGAGCCAUUGGUCACUGAAGAGGAAAGCUGGGAUGCCUUCGCUGAAAGAGAUGGCUCCUGGGGUCCCACUGAGCGUACAGCACAGUCUUCUACCUGGCCAACAACCAAUACAUCCACCAAAAUAACAAACGACUCUAUGGAUACAGCUGCCAACAAGUCCUACAUCCUGCUCACCCAACCAGCUACACAGCUACUCACGGAUUCUCCUAGCCAGGCCCCUGUGAAUUCCUCCAGCCAGCCCCUUACGGAUACUUCCAGCCAGCCCUCUGCAACCACAGACCCUCCCACCCAGGCUCCUACUGAACCCUCCUGCCCAGAGCCACUUGCUCAUUGCUCUGGUGAAGACAGAGACUCUUCAGAGGCUACGCUGGCAGAGGCUCUGACAGACUUCUCGGUGAAGCUCUACCAUGCCUUCUCAGCUAACAAGAAGCCUGAGACCAACAUGGCCUUCUCCCCGCUCAGCAUCGCCAGCCUCCUCACACAGGUCCUUCUUGGGGCUGGAGAGAGCACCAAGAGCAACUUGGAGAGUAUCCUGUCCUACCCCAAGGAUUUUGCCUGUGUCCACCAGGCCCUGAAGGCCUUCUCAUCCAAAGGCGUCACCUCUGUGUCUCAGAUCUUCCACAGCCCAGACCUGGCCAUAAGAGAGGCCUAUGCGAAUGCCUCUCAGAGGCUGUACGGAAGCAGCCCCAGAGUCCUGGGCCCAGACCGCGAUGCUAACUUAGAACUCAUCAACACCUGGGUGGCUGAGAAGACCAACCACAAGAUCAGGGAGCUGCUGCACAGCCUGCCCUCUGACACCCGCCUGGUCCUUCUGAAUGCCGUCUACUUGAGUGCCAAGUGGAAGAAAGCAUUUGAGCAAAAGAAAACGAUGGCUUCUUUCCUCUACAAGAACUCGAUGAUUAAAGUGCCCAUGAUGAGCAGCAAAAAGUACCCUAUGGUUCAUUUCAGUGACCAGACUCUGAAGGCCAAGGUGGGACAGCUGCAGCUCUCUCACAACCUGAGCUUUGUCAUCAUGGUGCCCCAGAGCUCAAAGUACCCACUUGAGGACAUGGAAGAGGCACUCAGCCCCACCGUCUUCAAGGCCGUCAUGAAGAAGCUGGAACUGUCCAAGUCCCAGUCCACAUACCUGAUGAUGCCUCGCAUCAAAGUAAAGAGCGACCAAGACAUGUUGUCCGUCAUGGAGAAACUGGAAUUCUUUGACUUCUCUUACGACCUCAACCUGUGUGGGCUGACUGACGACCCAGAUCUCCAGGUGUCUUCAAUGAAGCACCAGACGCUGGUGGAGCUGACAGAGACAGGAGUGGAGGCAGCCGCAGCCUCCUCCAUCUCCGUGGCCAGAAACUUGGUCAUCUUUGAGGUGCAGCAACCUUUCCUCUUCCUGCUCUGGGACCAGCAACACAAGUUCCCAGUCUUCAUGGGCCGUGUCCACGACCCCAGGGCCUGAGACGGGCAGGAGACAGGCUUGAG